UCACACAUGGAGAUAGUGAUACAGUUGGGACUAAAAACCAGGAAUCCUGAGCCCACGCCCUUGCUCUAACCAGUAGGUGAUGCUGCCUCCUGGCAGAGGGAUCCGUAUCCUGGAGGGACACACACACACGGGAACCCAGCAGCAGACAACGACAUGAAGGCUGAGCGGGGAAUGCGGUGGGCGUAACUGUGAGCACGGAGGUUCCAAGUGCCUCGCUCCCACAUUGCAACGCCUAUGGGGGGUGCGGAACCUUUGCGACGCGGCCAGGGUUCCCCUGACGGGGCUGAAUGCGGCGGACCCGGUCGCUAGAGGCCGAGCGGCCUGCGGUGAGGGGGGAGCCUGCGGUCUCUGCUGUCAGGUGGAGGCAAGCUACAUUAACCAAAAUAGGAUAUAUCUAUUUAUUUAUUUUUUUGAAGAAUUUGUUUCAAACCUGAUAAUCAGAAUUCCUUGAGGAAGAUAACUAUUCUUCAACCUUGUUUAUCAUUAUGGCUCUAUCUUUUAAACUGCUGGAUGGUGUCUUUCUUUCUAGUAGGUGCCAUAGGCAAAAUGCCUUGCAUCCUUUGCUUGGACCUCUCCUCACUGAUUGCAUCUCAAAAUUGUACAGUAGCUAUAGGAGACCAGGGACAGCCCCUGAUAACACUCCACCUUGGAAGAUGAAUUUCAGCUUUGAGAAGGGAGUGGGUGAAAUUAAGAAACAUUUUGGCCUCCUAAAAAAGGAGUUGGUGGAUCACUGGAAAGGGCCUGAGGGCUAUCCUUUAGACGAGUACUUGUUGGAACAGACUAGAGUGGUCUGGGAGUUUCGCAGCCAGAAAGAUUUAGAUAAGUGGGUGGUUUCUUCUGAUGCCGAGAUCGGAGGGAAAAGUGAAGCCUACCUAAAACUGGGUAAGAAUAAUCAGACUGCUCUGCUGUAUGGGACCCUCAAUACUGAAGCACCUCGAGAUGGGGAGACAGGAUACAGUGGAUAUUGUGCAAUGAGAGCCAAACUGCCAAAGGGAGCGUUUGAAACUAAGAAAUAUUAUGAUUGGUCAAACUUUAAUAGUCUGUAUUUACGCAUUCGUGGUGAUGGUCGACCCUGGAUGAUAAAUAUCUAUACAAACCCAUACUUCUCCCAUCAAAAGGAUGACCUGUACAAUUACUUCAUGUUCACCCGAGGGGGUCCAUACUGGCAAGAAAUUAAGAUACCAUUCUCCAAGUUCUUUCUCUCAAGUCAGGGGAGGAUCCAGGAUGAUCAGCACCCACUCUGGUUAGAUAAGAUUAGUACUGUUGGAUUCACAUUGGGAGACAAGGCAGAUGGCCCUUUCCAGCUGGAGAUAGACUUUAUUGGAUUGCUGAAGGACAGAGCUCACACAGAAGAAUUUGCCUAUGAAAAAUAUGAAAGAAAUCCCAAGGUCUAGAUGGACCUGCAGUCCUGUGGAACGUACUUCAGUAGCUCAUUUUAUUAAAUAUUUAUAUAACA